AAAUCAGGUGCUCAGGCCAUGCAGUUUGGACAGCCUUUAGUUUUUGACAUGAUUUAUGAUAAUUAUAUGAAACCAAAAGAACUACAGAAUGCAGUUUCUCAACUUUUAGAAAGUGAAGGGUGUAACAGAAGAAAUAUUGAUCCUUUCCAUAUUUAUUUCUGUAACUUUAAAAUAAAUGGUGCUUAUCAUAGAGAGUUAGUUAAACGUUAUGGAGAAAAAUGGGACAAAUUGCUUUUAACAGCAACAGAAAAGUCUUAUGUAGAUUUAUUUCCAAAGGAUGAUAUUUAUAUUUAUUUAACUGCAGAUUCUCCCAAUGUUAUGACUACUUUUAGACAUGACAAAAUUUAUAUAGUUGGAUCAUUUGUUGAUAAGGCUAUGCAACCAGGCACAUCCCUAGCCAAGGCAAAACGACUGAAGCUGGCAACAGAAUGCCUUCCAUUAGAUAAAUAUUUACAGUGGGACAUUGGUACCAAAAAUCUCACCCUAGAUCAGAUGAUGCGUAUUUUGUUAUGUCUGAAAAACUCUGGAAGUUGGGAAGAGGCUCUGAAGUUUGUUCCCAGGAGAAAGCAUAGUGGUUAUCUGGAGGUUUCACAACAAUCUCGAGAUUUUGUCAAUAAACUGAAGAAGGUAAAGACCUUUAAUUCAUUUCCAAAAGGCUCUCUAAAUGUACUUACACAAAAGAGAUAACUUGAAUGAGAAAAUUUGAUAAAAAGUAAAUGGAUUGAAAAUACA